ACAAAUUGGAUCCAGCGGAGCACGCAAAAUAACGCUGGUGGCGGGCAAAGAAGAGCUGAACUUGGAAGAUCUGCAAGAAGGCAACAAUUUGUUAUAAAAGUAAGUUCCUGGCGGUUUUAUAACCGGCAAGAAGAAGUCUUCAACCAAAAAUCGCCAAAAGUUAUAGAUCGCUUCGUCUUCAAUUAUCUUGCCGUUGAUAACGUGGGUCAAACAGCAGAUAACAGGCACACAGGCAGCAUGAUUUUUCCUUUCUUUCUUCUGGCGAGUAAAACCGACAAGCCUUUGGGAGAUGAUGCUUUUCAGAACCAGUCAGUAAAACUCAUCUGCUGA